AUGGCGCCAAAGAGAACAAGAACGAAAAGCUCCAAGGACUUGAAGGUAGAGGUCAAUGACAAAAAGACUAGGAAGACCAGCAGCAGUAACAGCAGCACCACCACCAACAGCGCAAGCACAAGCACAAGCACGAGUUCAUCCCGGCCAAGUCCCAACUCGAAAAGGAAAGCGACGCCUAUAUUCACAGAGGACUUGAUUUCAUCCACAGACAUCUCCUCGUUGGUGGAUUUGAUUAAUGAGAAUAUACAUACCAGUUCCGAUGUCAAUCAUGCAAAGUAUAAGGAAUUGGCAGAGGAGCAGAUGUCCAAAGACCACGAGCUAAUCCAGCAGCUACGAGAAGAGAAUGAAAGCUUGAGAGAGCUGAUAUCAAAACCGCAAGCGGAAUAUACAUCUCCCAUACGGAACAUGAAGAUAAAGCAAGACGAUUUCGAAAAAGAAAGAGAGCACAUAUGUUUCACCCUCGACUUGUUGGAGCUAUUGACUGGAAUCAAGGUGACCAAUUUCGAAGAGACUGCCACCCAGUUUACUUUUGAUGUCAAGCAAACAUCGGCAAACAAACUGACUGCCAUAGAGUACCAACUCGUGGUGUCAAAGAUUGAGUCUUCGCGAAUAAACUACAUUCCAGUCUUUAUGGACGAUGAGGAAGAGUCCGAGGCAAAAAAGACAUUGAUCAAAGUUCUACCGGAGUAUUUAUGCGAAUGUCUAUCCUUUCCAUUCAACUCCUUGGCGCAGUUCUAUACAAAAGUGAACAAGGCAAUCAACCAAAAACCCUAA